AUGGCCGACCAACCUACCAUUCGUCUCGCGACGCCCGAGGAUGUCCCCAUUAUCCUCCAAUUCAUCUGCGAGCUAGCCGACUACGAAAAAGCUCUACAUGAAGUCGAAGCCACCGAAGAGUCCCUGCUAGCAACCCUCUCCUUCCCCGAUACCCCGCCAAAGCGCGGCUCCGUGUACACGGCUCUCAUCACCCCGCCCCCGACCUCGGAGACUCCAAACCCGGUCCCCGUCGGCAUGGCCCUGUACUUCUACAAUUAUUCGACAUGGCGCUCUGCCCCGGGUAUCUAUCUCGAGGAUUUGUAUGUGCAGCCCAGCGCGCGCGGUAAUGGGUACGGCUUGAAGCUGCUCAAAUUCCUUGCGAAGCAGGUGCUUGAGGUUUCGGGUCGGCGUUUGGAGUGGAGCGUGCUCACAUGGAAUGAGCCUAGUAUCAAGUUCUAUGAGAAGAUUGGUGCGCGGGGUAUGGAUGAGUGGUUGAAGAUGAUGGUGGACGGGGACGCGUUGACUCGUUUGGCGGAGGGUGCAUAG